AUGUCCACAUUCUUUCUCCUAGCUGCUCUCCGAUUGGUGGGUCUGCAGAAGGUGAAACUCACUUGUAAGACAGUAACAGAUAACACAACAGCCCUCAGCACUGGCCUUGUGGGGAAUCCCCUUAGUACCACUGUGGUAAUAGCUAUACCUUCUUCAUGUUCAUACUCAGGGGUGAAUGCUACACUUUACAUAAUUGGUGGUCCUGCCAAUCAAACAUUAUCAUUUACAGUGCCUCAAUGUCGUCUGAAGCGUGACCUUAUUGUAGUUAGUGACUCUCAAAAUGGUAACACAGAGACCGUAAAUGUCGGAUACCAGGUCACAGGUUUGAGUCCAAACACCGCAUACACUGCAUGGUAUCAAUUUGGCAGUACAGUCUUCAAUCGAGCAAGUUUCACAACUAAAACUAUACUAUCAGCUCCACCAACUGUAUUUGCGCGUAGUGGUGGAAUGGUGGUGAUAACGGUGAUACUUUCUGUUGCGAUGUUCCUGCUCGUUGUUGGACUGAUCGCUGUACUGGUGUUGGGUGGCCGAGGCAAGAAAUAAGCUCUGAAAAUUUUAUAAACUGACUUCAUCAAGAAAACAAAGGAGGAACCAACCUGCUACUUCUAGAACUGCCUUACAAUAUCCUACCCUCUGUAGAACAAUGUAUUAUUUUUUAGAUAAAAUGACCUAUUUUCAGAUUGCUGAGUGUAAAUAAUAUUUGAUAUAC